AUUAUUAUUAUUAUUAUUAUGCAGUAACAUGUACCAAUAUUAAUGUUCUAUUUCUUGUAAUUACUAUUAGGUAAACAGAUGGAACCACGAAAACUAGCUUUCCAUUUAAAUCAAUCACCAAUUCACCACCAACUCAGAUAUCUUGAACAAAAAAGAUUUACUUUCUGAACCUAAUUGUCACAACUAUAUCCGGGAAAACCCAAACUUUCUCCAAUGUAAAGCAACAUGUUAAGAGCAGCGUUAAGAAAUUUACAGUGAAUCAGUGCAAUCGACACAUGCAAGAGUUGAAUUUGGCAAUUGAUAUAUAAGCAGAAAGUAAAAUCAUUCAUCUCAAAACCAUAAAGGAAAUAGAAAACAAGUCCACAUUCGAUGUUUACCUCUACAAUACUUCUGGGCACCAAUAAUCCCACCUUUGGUGGGCAAAAGCUGCUUGAAAAGAUUCAUAUGAAGCGGUUUCUUCAACUUCUUCUCAAGGAAAAAUUUUAAUGCUUUAUUUGUCUUACACUUGAGCUUUGCUCAAUUGCCAGCAUAACACUGCAGCUAUAGAUUGCAGAAAAAGAGCAAAUUACAAAACCCUUUGAUGGCUCUUCAAUUCAACUAACUGAGAACCAAACAAAACCAAAAGAAAAAAGGUAUCUUCCCUGCAUUUUCUGCAUAGAGAAAAUAAAGUGGAAGGCUUUGAUGAAUCCAAGCAACGAGGCUGCGGUGUGGCCAGAGGCAUCCCAGGCUCCCAGAGUUUAACCAGAGGAGAGCAGUGAAACUCACCGUUUUAAGCUAUAUUCCUUUUCUUUUCCUUUUGCUUUUUCUUUUUUAAUAUUAAUAUAUCUCUCAGGAAGAGAGAGGGACAGCGUGUAAAACUCAAACCCCUGGGUUCCCUCUAUCCUCUCUUUCCAAUCUUAAAACCCCCACAACAAGAAGAGACGGUUCUCAUUUCUUACAGGCUCUGCUUAACUGCAAAUUAGUAGAGAUUGUUAUUACAGAUUAUCAAUGGCAUCCCUUUCUUUUACUCAUUUUCUCUCACAUCACAGGUGUAACUCGAAUUCAAUUUAUUACCCAGCGCCCAACUUAGUGCAACCUCAGGAUUUCUGGUUGCAGAAUAAAUGGUGUCUCUCAGCCAAGAAAAAUGGUGCCAUUUCAACUCAAGAGGAACCCAGUGAAAAUGGGGCAGUUGUCAAAAAGAAGGCUUCUAGAACUACUGGACGAGCUACUACACGAACUAGGAAGAAAGCAAAAGAUGAUGUACCCGAGGAAAACUCUGAAUUGGUGUUAAAAAAUGAUGCUGCUAAGGAGGAAGGCAUGUCUAUAUCAAGUGAAGCUAAUAAGAAAACAAGAAGGUCUAGAAAGAAAGUGCCAUCAGCUUCUACUAGUGUUGAUGAACAGAAAACUGAGAAAAAGGUGAGGAGGAGAAGGACUAAAAUGAAGGAUGAUAGUAUGGAAGAGCAACAAAGUGAAUCUGAAAUUAGUGAUAUAGAGGACUCUACUUUAAUGACAAAUUCGGGUGGUGAGAGUGAGGAAGACCUUGAAUUGCAUAUAGAUGAAGGAGAAGAUAUUAGUUACACAUAUGGCUGGCCUCCACUUGUUUGUUGCUUUGGAGCUGCACAGCAUGCUUUUGUUCCCUCGGGAAGACCAGCCAACAGACUUGUAGAUUAUGAAAUCCAUGAGAGAAUGAAGGACGCUAUAUGGGCCCCAGAAAAAUUUGUUAGGGCACCUGGGGGAUCUGCUGGCAGUGUUGCUCUUGCUCUUGCAAGCCUGGGUGGUAAAGUUGCUUUUAUGGGAAAACUUGGCGAUGAUGACUAUGGCCAGGCCAUGCUAUGCUAUUUAAAUGUGAACAAUGUUCAAACACGAUCAGUUCUAAUUGAUAGUAGAAGGGCAACGGCUGUAUCACAGAUGAAAGUUAGUAAAAGAGGACGCUUGAGAAUGACCAGUCUCAGAUCAUGUGCAGAGGAUUCUCUGUCCAAGUCUGAGAUCAAUAUUGAUGUGCUGAAAGAGGCAAAGAUGUUCUAUUUCAGCACACAUUCUCUGCUUGAUCGAAACAUGAGAUCAACUACAUUGAAAGCCAUCAAGAUGUCAAAGAAAUUAGGAGGGGUUAUUUUCUAUGACGUAAACCUUCCACUGCCACUGUGGCAGUCUGAUGAAGAGACCAAGAUUUUCAUACAAGAAGCAUGGAACCUUGCUGAUGUUAUUGAGGUUACUAAGCAAGAACUGGAGUUUCUCUGUGGAAUCAAGACUACUGAAGAAUUUGACACCAAGAACAAUGCCAGAUCAAAAUUUGUCCAUUAUGAUCAUGAAGUGGUCGAACCACUUUGGCAUGAAAACCUUAAGGUUAUGUUUGUAACAAAUGGGACUUCCAAGAUACACUAUUACACAAAGGAGCAAAAUGGUGCAGUGCAUGGGAUGGAGGAUGCUCCCAUAACCCCUUUCACUUGUGAUAUGUCAGCAUCUGGAGAUGGUAUUGUUGCAGCUCUCCUGAGAAUGUUGACGGUUCAGCCAGAUCUCAUUACAGAUAAAGGAUACUUAGAAUGCACAAUCAAGUAUGCAAUUGACUGUGGGGUCAUAGACCAAUGGCUAGUUGCAAGCACAUGUGGCUUCCCUCCAAGGGAAGGUAUAGAAAAGGUAGGAGAAGAAGAAAAAGAAGAAGAAGAAGAAGAAGCAGUUCCUGAUUUAAAUGGCAUAAGAUCAGUAACAGAAAGGGAAUAUCGCACAUUGGUGGAGUCUGUAAGUUGAUCUUGGAUGUCAUACUGAUUCAUAUAGUUUAUUUCAUCAUAUGCCUUAGGAAAUUUCAUACCACUGUAAAGUACGCUGAAUGCCUCUGUGCCACUCAAUUAAAUCUUGUUAAUUGAGGAAAACCAAUUUUGAAAUGAAUGAAGAGUUCAUAUAUUCCAAUCCCAGGAGUUGCUCAGUAUUAAUUGCUUCA